AUGUCUGUUUUCCGAAAUAGUUUCGUGGGGCGUUUGAUCUACCACGCUUCGAAACACCGAUUUCCGAGUUACCCCGAAGAGAAGCCCGACUACGUUCUUCCUGCCAAAUACGCAGCAGACGACAAGCCGCCGGCAUGCCAACUCACUGAAGAAAACAGCUUCAAUUCGCUCGACGACGUCGAGAAGCAGGAGGGCCGAGCCCGCAGCAUUGGGUCGAACGGCGCCCCCAUCUUUGUAGACUACGAUGGCCCUAAUGACCCCGAGAAUCCCUACAACUGGCCAUUGUACAAGAAAGUACUUUUCAUCGCUGGCAUUGGGUUUCUUACGAUCUCCGUCUACAUGGGCUCUGCCAUUUAUACACCGGGCAUCGAAAACCUGAUGAAUGACCUGCAAAUCACAAGGGUAAAAGCUACACUGCCUCUGACUAUGUUUGUCAUUGGAUAUGGCCUAGGUCCCAUGGUGUUCUCGCCCAUGUCGGAAAACGCCGUUUUUGGCAGAACGUCCAUUUACAUUGUCACCGUUUUCACGUUCUUCAUCCUGCAGAUCGCUCAGUGCUUUGGACCUGCGACAAGAAGCAUCGCCUCUAUGACCGUUAUCAGGUUCCUGAGCGGUGUCUUUGCGUCGCCGGCGCUGGGGACCGGCGGCGCCAGUGCCAGCGAUGUGGUUACUGCGCCUUACAUGCCUGUUGGGAUUAUUGCGUGGAGCAUAGCCGCGGUGUGCGGUCCAACGUUGGGACCCCUAGUAGGUGCUGCGUUGGUGAACGGGACGGGCGGCUCCUGGCUGUGGACUUUCAGGUUCAUGAUGAUCAUGUCUGGGGCUUCCUUCGUGAUCUUCGGCUUUUUCCUUCCCGAAAGCCUUGGUGCCGCGAUCCUGCGGCGCAAAGCUCAGCGAUUGAGAAAACUGACUGGCAACGACAACAUCGUCGCGGAGGGAGAGUACGCGAAUCGAAGUUUGACGGUGCGGCAGGUUGCCGUUCAGACGCUGUGGAGGCCGAUCGAGAUCACUCUUUUCGAGCCAGUUAUCCUAUUCAUCAAUCUCUACAUUGCACUGAUCUACUCGCUGAUCUAUUUGUGGUUCGAAGCUUUCCCGAUCGUGUACGUUGGCACGUAUCAUUUCACGGUGGUCGAACUCGGCGUGUCGUACGUCAGUGUAACCUUGGGCAUUUUCAUCGGCUCGGCGAUCUACAUUGGUUACAUUUACUUUGCGUACACGAAAAAGCUGCUACAGGGCAGGGAGAAUGAGGUGGUCCCCGAGGUGUUUCUGCCGCCCGCGAUUGUCGGCAGCGUAGUCAUGCCCAUAGGUAUCGCCAUUUUCGGAUGGAGCGCUAGCCCGAACACACACUGGAUAGGGUCUCUCAUCGGGGCCAUGGUUUUCGGCAUGGGAGGCUUUGUCGUCAUUCAGUCGCUCUUCAACUACAUGGCAAUGUCUUUUCCACGCUACAUAGCGUCUGUGUUUGGAGGGAAUGCGUUGUUCCGGUCGGUCAUGGCGGGGUGCUUCCCUCUAUUCGGGCCGCCGCUGUACAACAAUCUUAAGAUCAAGGAUUAUCCCGUUGGUUUGGGCUCUACGAUUGUGGUUGCUAUCUGUCUUUGCAUGAUAGCCAUUCCGGUAGUGUUCUACAUCCUGGGCAGCCGGAUUAGGGCGACAUCUAGAUAUGCAGGAUCGUAA